GGUUCCUGGUCGCGGAUUGCCCCGCUCGCUCGCUCCCUGCGCGUCUCUUGGCAGCCCGGGCUCUGUCGGCGCCGCUCAGUGUGCCCAAGGGAGCAGGAGCAGGAGCAGGAGCAGGGUGCGGGGAGAGCAACCAACAUGGCUGAUGAUUUCGGGUUCUUCUCCUCGUCGGAGAGCGGAGCAGCCGAGGCCGCAGAAGAGGACCCGGCCGCUGCCUUCCUGGCUCAGCAGGAGAGCGAGAUUGCGGGCAUCGAGAACGACGAGGGCUUCAGCACGGCCGACGGGGCCGCGGGAGGCGGCCAGGAGGCGGGGGGCGAGCUGCUGGGUGAAACGGAGAGCACAGGGGCCACCGUGAACGGAGAGCUCUUUCAGGAAUCCAACGGACCUACAGAUGCCUACGCAGCUAUUGCCAGAGCUGACCGGUUGACACAGGAGCCUGAGAGCAUCCGCAAGUGGCGAGAGGAGCAGAAAAAGAGACUACAAGAGUUGGAUGCUGCUUCCAAGGUGUUAGAGCAGGAGUGGCGUGAAAAGGCCAAGAAGGAUUUAGAAGAGUGGAACUUGCGGCAGAACGAACAGAUGGAGAGGAACCGGGCCAACAACAGGAUUGCUGACAAAGCCUUUUACCAGCAACCGGAUGCCGACGUGAUCGGCUACGUAGCCUCAGAGGAAGCCUUCCUGAAGGAGUCCAAGGAAGAGACGCCUGGCACCGAAUGGGAGAAAGUGGCCCAACUCUGCGACUUCAACCCCAAGAGCAGCAAGCAGUCCAAGGAUGUCUCGCGCAUGCGCUCAGUGCUGAUCUCCCUCAAACAGACACCCCUGGCCCGCUAGCCUAGCUGAAAGGGGGCUGGGGCUGGGGCCGGGGUGGGGAUGCGGGUUGCUCUUUGGGCAGCAGGUUUAGCUGCAGCACAAUAGGCUUUGAUGGCCAUCAGUAGGGGGACACCAAAGCAUCCCACCCCUGCUCCUUCCUCUCUCCUCCAUAUGUUUGCGUCACUCCGGUUGGGUGGCUGCCUGUACCCCUCCCCUUGAUUUUACUUUGCUUAAAGGGUGCGUUGGUAUCUUUUUACAAAUAUUUAUUAACAGCGUGGUUCCUCAGGCAACUGCCCUCUUCGGCUCCCACACUUGCUGCCUUCAGGAAAAGUUACUUCCCGUUUCACUGUUGGUCGCCCUCACAGGCUUCCCGGGUCCUGCAGGCCUGGCCAUCAAACCUGGCCAAAACAGUAGGUAAAAACACACUUCACCUUUCCGAUACUUUGUCCCAGACCUAGGAAGCCACCCCAAAUCUGCACUUGAGGCUGCAAAGCAGGAUUCCCGAGUUUUGAGGCCCGAUCACGUUGCUUGUUUUAUACCCCAGCGAUGAGUGGCGACUCUGGAGCUGCCAAUGGGUAGAGGGUUGGAACACAGUUGUGCUUCCCGGUUGGGGCAUGACAUCCCUGGCACAAGUAGAAGAAAGAUCUCUGUUGGGAAGUGAGUCCUUCGGGGGAAAUCAUGCACAAAGGAGAGAGGGUAAUAAUGAGAACAGACUGUUUUCAUUAGACUUGCUGGGCUGAAACUGAAACGGAGAGCUUGAAAAUGAGACCUGUGUGAAGUCAUGAAAGGCUGCAGGAAAACCCCCAAGUAAGAUUUCCAUGGAACAGAAUGUGAUUCCUUCCCUAUCAUAAGAUAUCCCCAAAUCCAAGAACCUAUUUGGGUUUAGGUGAUGAAUCAGGAGACUAUGCGAGGGGAUCCCAUGAACUCACUUUCCUACUUUCCUUCCUUCCUGGCCGUUUAUUCCAUAUUUGCUUAGGAGAUACUAAAUGCAGAGGUGUGAAAUGAGGUUCAUGGGAUCUUCUUUCUGUGAUUGCUCUUUUCAGUUUAAGAUAGGUGAAUGAAGGGCAUUGCUCUUACAUUUCCGCUAAGAGAGCCAUAGACCUUGCUUAGGCAUCUAAGCAAACCCAAGACAAUUUUCUUAGUAUUGCUCAUCAUAGGAAUCAGCACACUCAGUUCAAACACCAUCAUUUACAGCACACUCUUAGGCAUGUUUAUUUAGAAUUCAGUGCCACGGUAUUUAUUGGGACUUACGCCCUUGUAAGUGUUCUUAGGAUUGUAGCCGUAGACACUUCACAUUUUUGUUCCAUAGAUUGAUUUCUCUCCUAAAUGGGCAGAGGUUUACUGGUCUUGGCAUGAUGAUGUCCUUGCUGCCAUGAUGGUCUCCCAAGUAGGAAAGAGAUGAAUAAAGGACUACAGUUUACUGAGAGGAGCCUCUCCCCUAGGUGCUGGAUAGACAGCAUCAGGGGCAAUUGUUCUAGCCCUGGUUCCUGGCCUAUAUCCCUGAUUCUUGCGAUCUCCUUUGUAACUGAAGGGAAACUAAGAAUCGUUCCAGUUUCUCCUUUGGGCGUAUUAUUGAGAAGGGCUGCUUGGGCCCUUCAGUUAAGAUGUUUCACCUUGAGCAAAUGUACCGGAGCCAGCCUUAGCAGCAGAUGUAAAUGUCUUAAGCGCACCAACGCCCAUGCGUGGCUGCAAGAUGGCUUGGGAAGCAUGCCUUUUGGAAAGCCAGGAAAACACGGCCAGUUAGGGAGACGUGGGCCGUGAAUUCAGUCUUAAUUCUUGUAUAUUGGGGUUGAAACAUCUGAGUCCAUGAAAACAUUGCUGUAAACACAGCAUACAUGCGUGAUCUGGGUUCACCUCCUAGCUCAGCUUGGUUUUGCAGGGAGCUGGUUUGGUUAUUAUGUAGGUGCACAUUGUUUCAUGUGUCAAAAGUCCUCCGUUGCAACGGUUUCCAGAGUGACUUCACUAUAUCAUUCUGGCACAGUGAAGCAUUUGCGAGAAGGAGCUCCAUAAGGAAAACUGAAGUUCCUACUCCAGAGAAGACAUUUUGUUCCACGCAUUUUCUCUGAGGUAGUAACCGAUGACUUUUCUGGGGGUGGGGUGUCAUGGCAGUGCCUCAUUCUGCAAAAAUGGCAUGACUGACAUUACCCCAUAAAAACUUCACAAGCGUGGGGAAGGUGUGGCCUUCCAGAUGCUGUUGGACUGUAGCUCCCAGUAGCCCUUGCCAGUGUGGCCAAAGGUGAGGGAUGAUGGAAGUUGUAGUCCCACAAUGGCUGAAGGCCAUGUGUUCCACAUCCCUGCUUACAGUGUUAACAAAAAGGUGCUGGUUUGGGCCUUAGCAUCCUCCAGAGAAAGUUACCAGUAGCUCCUUCAGUUAAGAUGCUUAGCAAGGUUCAUGCUUAUUUGCUAAGAGCCCCCAAAGGGUUGGAAGUAGACCUUAUGCAGAGUAAUAGCCUAUGCAGGGACCCUUGUAGUAUCGGUCUAAAAACACACGCAAAGAACUAGCAGGACUUUCUCCGGCAUAUCCUGUUUGGUAAAAGGUGCUUUGACUUGAAGUGCAACGUUUGUGGCAAUCAUCCUGCAUCUGUCUAUUCUGGGCCCUCGCAGGUAGAAAACGAAAGUGUGGAAAAGUGGAAUGCCUUCACAGGGUCUCUUUCUAGGGAUGUUCCCUCUGGGUAUUCGUUACUCCUCCAGAGGCCCAAACAGGGCGUGAACGCGCCACAUGCCAGUCUGUGUGAGGAGAUGGAAGGCACAGAAGGCCUACAAAAGGACAUGGGAGAACAGAUUCCAGGCUGAUGGAAGGGGCACUGCCACCAUCGGCUACAAAGACGUUCAUGGCCCAGAGCGGCUAUCCGAGAGCGACAGGGGUCUGACUAGUCAUCAGACCUUAUGGAAUUCAAGCAGAUACUUCUUCAGCCUUGUACAUCCAAGAUGGACACGGGCACCGGAGUCUAGAAACAAAGACAAGCCUCUGCUUGGAAUCACCCAAUAAGCCCAGAAUUCAAGUACCACUCCAUCCUGUGCCUCAAGCAGUGGCAGCAGCAGUAAGCUGGGGUGGCACUUGGGGGAAGGGCGGGAGCUUUGCCUGCAGCUGUCCUGUCCCAUCUCCCCACCCCAGCUUUAAUUUCUGUGACUUUGUUAAACCACCUAUUAUCAAUAAACUGCCACUACUCCAGAUACAGA